GAAACGCUAGUUAAGGAAAUGUGUACAAAACUACAAAACUAUAGUACAAAUGCUCACAUUGAAUAAUUAGAGAGCUAAACAGCUCUGAAUGGCCAAAAUGGAAAUUUUUCUUAAAAUGUUGUAUAGUUAAUAUCCAUGUUGUAUAGUUAAUCUUCAUGUUGUGUAGUUAAUCUCCAUGUUGUAUAGUUAAUCUCCAUGUUGUAUAGUUAAUAUCCAUGUUGUAUAGUUAAUAUCCAUGUUGUAUAGUUAAUCUCCAUGAUGUAUAGUUAAUAUCCAUGUUGUAUAGUUAAUAUCCAUGUUGUAUAGUUAAUAUCCAUGUUGUAUAGUUAAUCUCCAUGUUGUAUAGUUAAUCUCCAUGUUGUAUUAGUUAAUCUCCAUGUUGUAUAGUUAAUCUCCAUGUUGUAUAGUUAAUCUCUAUGUUGUAUAGUUAAUCUCCAUGUUGUAUAGUUAAUCUCCAUGUUGUAUAGUUAAUCUCCAUGUUGUAUAGUUAAUCUCCAUGUUGUAUAGUUAAUCUCCAUGUUGUAUAGUUAAUCUCCAUGUUGUAUAGUUAAUCUCCAUGUUGUAUAGUUAAUCUCCAUGUUGUAUAGUUAAUCUCCAUGUUGUAUAGUUAAUCUCCAUGUUGUAUAGUUAAUCUCCAUGUUGUAUAGUUAAUCUCCAUGUUGUAUAGCUAAUCUCCAUGUUGUAUAGUUAAUCUCCAUGUCGUAUAGCUAAUCUCCAUGUCGUAUAGCUAAUCUCCAUGUUGUAUAGCUAAUCUCCAUGUUGUAUAGUUAAUAUCCAUGUUGUAUAGUUAAUAUCCAUGUUGUAUAGUUAAUAUCCAUGUUGUAUAGUUAAUGUCCAUGUUGUAUAGUUAAUAUCCAUGUUGUAUAGUUAAUAUCCAUGUUGUAUAGUUAAUAUCCAUGUUGUAUAGUUAAUAUCCAUGUUGUAUAGUUAAUAUCCAUGUUGUAUAAUUAAUAUCCAUGUUGUAUAGUUAAUAUCCAUGUUGUAUAGUUAAUAUCCAUGUUGUAUAGUUAAUCUCCAUGUUGUAUAGCUAAUCUCCAUGUUGUAUAGUUAAUAUCCAUGUUGUAUAGUUAACCUCAUGUUGUAUAGUUAAUCUCCAUGUUGUAUAGUUAAUCUCCAUGUUGUAUAGUUAAUAUCCAUGUUGUAUAGUUAAUAUCCAUGUUGUAUAGCUAAUAUCCAUGUUGUAUAGCUAAUCUCCAUGUUGUAUAGCUAAUCUCCAUGUUGUAUAGCUAAUCUCCAUGUUGUAUAGUUAAUAUCCAUGUUGUAUAGUUGAUAUCCAUGUUGUAUAGCUAAUCUCCGUGUUGUAUAGUUAAUAUCCAUGUUGUAUAGUUAAUAUCCAUGUUGUAUAGUUAAUAUCCAUGUUGUAUAGUUAAUCUCCAUGUUGUAUAGUUAAUCUCCAUGUUGUAUAGUUAAUAUCCAUGUUGUAUAGUUAAUAUCCAUGUUGUAUAGUUAAUAUCCAUGUUGUAUAGUUAAUCUCCAUGUUGUAUAGUUAAUCUCCAUGUUGUAUAGCUAAUAUCCAUGCAUAAUGUGCAUAAUGAGGUGCGGACGUGUUUUGGUGCUCUGUGCUCUUUUGGCUCUAUUUUGCCCAAAAGAAAACAAUAUUCAAGUGGCUCCCAAGAAAUAUCUCCUGGGUUAUGUUAAGCAAACACUGGUGGGAGUCUCGCCAACAGUUGAUAGGUGGGAGUGGAGAAACCAACUUUUUAAAUUUGCUUCAAAUCCAAGUUGGAUCUCGUUAGUUAAUACAAGAAGACAAUUGUUCUCUUCGUCAUUUACACUUCAGGACAAAGGCAGUCUCCUUGAAGCUACUGAAGCGAAUUAUUCACUCGCGAUUCAAACUUGCCUUAUUCAAGCUUCUAUAUCAUCAAAUGGCAUUGAAUAUCCGUACUCUCAUCUUGCACUACGUCGAAUUGUGGCCUGUUUGGCGCUGUUCCGUCGUUAUUCUCAAUCACAUUUCGGAAUCUUAGCUACAAGUCUGUCACUUGUGUCACGCAAGCAUUAUGUACACAGGAAGCCCAAGCGCUCGAAGGCACCAUGUCAAUACUAUCCCAACUCGAUCGCCACUCGUCAGAUUCUAAUACUGAGCGGAGAUAUCUCUUAACCCUGGACCAGCUACACAAGUAAAUGACAAAAAGAAACCAAAACAUUCUAACACAAAGACCUCGUCUGAUAGAGUGUGCUACCAAUGUGACAAGACCGUGAGACAAAAUCAUAAACGCUUUAUUUGCGAGUUGUGUAAAGGAGUCUCCGUUAUCAUUUCUAAAUCCAUUCGCGCACGGGAUCCCCGCUCUUGGACCUGCCCGAGGUGCAUACUAUCGGAUCUUCCCUUAAACAGGCAAAACAAUCAACACAUUUCAUCUUUGCCCAAUAAGGAGCCGGACGUGGAGUUGCUCAGGGACCCCCUGGAAGAACUGACGGCGGUUAGAAGAUCACACCCUAGUCAAGUUUUUGUCGCCCAUCUAAAUAUCAAUAGUCUACAAAAUAAAUUCGACGAAGUAUUGCUAAUGAAUGAGAAAUUGCGGAUGGGAGUCUUUGUCAUCACCGAAACAAAACUCGACAGUUCAUAUUCGGACACUUAAUUCAAGAUACCAGAUUAUCGUAUUUAUCGCCAAGAUAGAGUAAAAGGGGGAGGGCGUAUCUUAACUUAUGUACACUCCUCAUUACCAUCGAAGAAAAUAAAGCCGAGCAGAAACUAUAAAACGAUUGAAGUCCUACCUCUCGAAGUCAACUUUAGCGGAAAACGUGUCAUGGUGUUAGGAAUAUACAGGCCCCCCCCGGAAAGUGUCAUUUCGUUGGCUAUGGCUCAGUGUCCAACUCUUGGCGCUUCUAGGAGAUCUAAAUCUGGACAGACUCAAACCACGAGAAAGGGAGGGCAAAAUCUUAAUAGACUUAGAAGAAAUCAAUCAGCUUACGUUCCUAAUCACCGAGCCAACGCGAGUAACCCCAACGUCUAAGACGUUGAUUGACGUUAUUUUAACAAAUGAAAAGGCUUCCGGGCCUUAGUGAUCACAAAAUGGUAUACGCUUUUGUGUGUCAGUCAGUUAAACAACAUGAAUCAAAAGUAAUUAAGUUCAGGAGUUAUAGGCUUCCAGGAGUGAAAGAGUUUGGCCUGAGUGAUCACAGAAUGGUAUACGCUUUUGUGUGUCAGUCAGUUAAACAACAUGAAUCAAAAGUAAUUCAGUUCAGGAGUUAUAAGAACCUAGACAUAAGUGAGCUUAAAAAAGACAUUGAAGAAAUUGAUUUUCCAUUGACGCACACUGGAACGGUCGACCAGUUAUACACAGACUGGAAGGAAAGGGUCACCUCUGUAUUGGAAUCUAAACUACCUACCAAGAAAAUGAGGCUGUUGGAAAUCACUAAAUUAAGACCGCUGCAAGAUCUAACUGAGAUUUCCAUGGUGGGAAACCCGAUGUCUACCUUGGCGCAUAGCCACUUGUACGCCAUCUUCCAGCUGCGCUCUCUUACCACCCUCGACAAGCAGACGGUGAUGGAUGACGAAAGAGUAGCUGCAGAUGACAGAUUUGGACAAGAUGAGAUUAGGCGACUGGAAGCAGAACUCAACAGACAGAACAAACUCUAUGAUGCCCUGUUUGAGGAGAAGCAUUCAGUUUCUACUGAACUUGAUAAAGUGAGCCGACUUCAUCAGCAACAAAAAGAGAAAGAUACCCAGCUGGCUCAAAGAAACAAAGAGCUCCAGAGAGAACUGAACGCCAAGGAAGAAAUUCUGGCUAGUAAAACCAAGGAGCUGUCCAGAGCUUGUGAGAAGCAGUUCAGACUGGAACAGGAACUGGCAUUCUAUAAACUUGACGCUAAGUUUGAACACCUGGGUAAACUGCCUUGGCCUGAGGGUGCUGAGUUCCCUGAAGUUGAAGACGAUGAGGCUGCAUAUAUUGGCAAAGCUGGUUACAAACCAAACGCAUUUGCACGUGAGUCGCACCCUUUGAGUCCAUCUCAGAAGGCUGAGCUCAGCGCUAUAGGGGCCCGCCUGAGUGACCGAUAUGGCGGACAGAACAAGAAUACUCUGGAUGAAUUACAUGAGGCGCUGUUGUCUGAUUUACAAGACCAGGAAAUGGCUGUCAAGAAAGCUCAACUAGAGCUAGCGAAGCUAGAGGAUGAGUUACGUCGCAAAAGAAACCAGCUAAAGGAUGCUGUAGAUGAACUGGAUCAGGUGCAGAGGGCGAUAGAGGAAGAGAUUCAGCUGUUGGAUGAUGAAGACAGGAGACUAAUGGCCGCCAUUGCUGAGAAGAAGAAAUUUAUUCGUGAUCUGGAGGAAGUUGCCGCUGACCUUGAAGGGCGCAUGAACAAGAUUCACGCCGACUUGCGCAGAAAGGAAAGUGAAAUGAACAAGCUGCAACACGCUCUGAACAACACAUCUCCUGAUGAUCCAGCUUAUGUAGAGUUGCAGGCGCGCCUUGCGGAGACAGAGCAGCAGUUGCGUGACGCCCUAUCAGAGUAUGACUCUUUGAAGCGUGACUACGAUCAGGCGAUGGCGCAACUUCAAGAAGAGAUCGCGGCGCUAGACAAGAUGCAAGCUGAGCUCGAAAAAAAACGUAAGACCGCUGACAAGUCUGCACAACAGGCGGAACUAAAAAGUAUAAUCAAUGAUCUUAACAAACAUCUAGAAGCCAUGAAAACACAGGUGGCCCAACAGCAAGAGGCAAUUGGUCAGUUACAGCAAGAAAAAGAGGGACUUGAACAGAGAUUGCAAGAGUCACAUGAUCAAGCGGCACAGGGAAACCAGCAGUUACAGGGUACCCAGGAUGCUUUGCACCGCGAGAAAGCUAAUGCUGAAACUCUUCGGAAGCGCCUCUCCGAGUUAGAGGGCCAGGUUGCCAAGGGAAGCUCUCUUGAGCCUUUAUUGGCUGACACCAAAGCGAGGCUUAAGUCGGCGGAAGCGGAAAUAGAAAAACUCCGAGAUGCAAUUGAUAGACUGAAGCAACAGAACCAGGCCGAUCGAAGAGCCGCGGAAGAUCGAAUUCGUAAAGAACAAGAAAAAACUGGAAAGGCACUACAAGCUGCUCGAUUUGGGAUGGACAAGGAGAGGGAGACUAGGGAACUGGGGACACAGAUAGAUGGGUUGAGGAGCGCAAACAAAGAUCUUGAAGACCGAAUAAAAGAUCUAGAGGACGAACUAAAGCGAUCCUUUGACAAGGACGAAGUGUUUGACAGACUCGCAGACCUGCAAGACGACAUGGGCAACAAUAGGGACCAAAUCCGAGGGGCGUUAGGGCCAGGGGACGAGUUGGCAGGUGCUCUGGGGGACCUUCAUAAAAGGUACCUGGACUUGCUUGGAGCACUGAAGAAGGAGCGACAGGACAGUGCUGCUGAUGAUAAGGCAAAGGGCAACAUCCGGGAUCUUAAGGCACUGCUGGACGAAGCUAAACAACACGAGGCUCAGCUUGAAGAUGAUAACUCCCGGCGCGAAGCGGAGCUCAAGAAGCUUGGGAAGGAGCUACAGAAGGCGAGAUCGCAGCUUGCCCAACAAGGCGAUCUAGGGAAACAGCUUUCUCACGAGAAGGCUGCCCACGAACAAGAGGUUGCCUCGUUGGAACAUGAAAUCGCAGUUCUCAAAGAUCAACUGAAACUCGCCAAACACGCCAUGGAUCAAGCGCUUGCUGACGCCCGCGGGCCCCUCGAAGAUAGGAUCAGCAGUCUAGAGGACAAGCUGGAUGCGCUGCGCAACAAGCUGGCUCGUAGCAAGGAACAGAAUAAGCAAUUGAAAGCGAUGCAUGGUGAUAACGCCGCUGAACAGAAGAGACUGCAGGCGCAGGUUGCGGACCUGGUGGACGCAUUGGAGGAUGCGAAAGAGCGAGCGAGACGAGCGGCCGACAAGCGUGCAGGUGACAAACGAGCUCUUGAGGGUCAGAUCAAGGACUUGGAGGGGGAACUGGCGCGAGCACAGGAUAGGCUGGAUAAAACGCUAGACAACGCAGAGACGCAGCUUGACCGUGAGCGGUCUGCGAGCGCCGCAAGGAUUCGCGGACUUGAAGACGAACUCGACAGAAUGGCAGAAAAGCUGCAAAAAGCCAAUGAGAGAGCUUAUCAACAGGCCGCUAAUGGGGAUCUCGCAAGGCAGCUUGGGAACGAAGUGGCGGCUUUGCAGGAUGAGGUUCAUCGAGCCAGGUUACUCAGCCAUAAGCUUGGUAAAGCUGACCAGGAUAACGCUGCAUUGGAAGCCCUGUUAGACGAGAAGAAUCGCCAGUUACAGAACCUGGCGAAUAGAGAUGGUGCUCAGCAGGCGCGUGUCAGCGGUCUUCAGGAUCAGAUAGAUGAGCUGCGGCGCAUGUUCAGUGGUGCUCAAGGACAGGCGAUGAAGGAGAAAGUUGAGAAGGAACUGGAAGCCGUUCGUGCGGAAGAGAAACGAGUUCAUGCCCAGGCCACCGCGGCAAGGGAUCUGGCUAGUGCUCAGAAACAGGUGGCCGAACUGCAAGCAUUACUGGCCGCAAAGGACAAGGAAUUACAAGGUCACGUGAACAAAGGACUUGCUGAUGAAGCCUCCAUAGCUCCUUUGCGGAAUGAGAUAGGUAACCUGGCCUCGGCGUUGGCAGCGCAGAACAAGGAACUGGAGCAACUUAAGGCGAGCCUGGCAAACGGCGGAAUACCGCUGAGUGGCUAUGCUGACGGGUCCUUGGCGGCCGAGGUAGAGGCUUUGAGAGCAGCCCUGCAGGCUCGUGAGAGCCAGGUCAAUGCACUAUUGCAUGCUGGGACGCCGCUGUCACCACCCCUUGGUCACGUGUCAAUAACAGGGUCGCCUCUCCUAAACACUAGAGUGGUAACCACGCCUGUUGUGUCGCCCGGGUUUAUGGAAAGUACCCUGGGAACUACUCCUGGGGAGAUUCACCAUCAUCAUCACUUUAAAAACACAGGCAGACGAUCCAAGUCUAGUCCCGAGAUCCCCGUGAGUCCCACAGUAUUAGGGACCACUGCUAGCGCCCCCGUGUCCCCUGUACAUCACCACCACUAUGAUGGACUUCCCGGAGAACGGUCCAGGCGAAAGAAAAAGGCGCGAAAAAGUGUGGAUGACUCGUACUGCAACGUGUCUGAACACGGAGACCUGGAGUACGAAGUAGGUCGGUUGGAAGGAGUGUUGAGCGCCACUCAGCGAGCAAACACUUCUCAGAACCAAAGGGAGUCCCUUCGCUUGGAUCUUCAAAGUCUUGAAAACGAGGUUGAGGGGGCUGUUAGGAGUCGUACAAGUAGCAGACGGAGUCAAGUUCAUUCCCUUGACGGAACACUAGCGACAAUCCCAGAACUACCUACACCAGUACCAAGUCCUCGACUAGUACCCAGUACUCAACCGAGUCAAGCCUCCAGUCCCAAUCCUCAGCCGUGUGAAGUAACUAGACCCAGACCCCUACCUGGCUUAGUGACCAGUCCCCAGCCUGUUCUUAGUCCCAGUACGGCUCGGUCAAGUGUGGACGAGUUUCCGGCCCAGUACCUCGUACCGAGGUUUGUCUUGUGUUAGUUUACGUGGGUUAGUGCUCUAGUACUCUGGAACAGGGGAACUUUUCUGUGACGGAAGGCAGACGGAAAUAGAAGGGUUUGUCUAUUUGCUAUCACGCUGCCAGCAGGUUCCUUACGUUAGACUGUGCGGUGGAACAGAGAAGUCCUCUUUAAAUGGGCUGAAGCAAAA